UUCACCCGAGUCCGCUCCGCGGGCUUCUGGGGGAUGUAGUUUCUGAUUUGUAGGCAGGACGGAAGGAGCGGGGGAGGCCCCUUACGCAAACUACAAUUCCCGGCGGGGAGCGCGGUGAAGGGGGGUGGGAUCUGAACAUGGCGGCGGUGGUAGCUGCUACGGCGCUGAAGGGCCGGGGGGCGAGGAAUGCCCGCGUCCUCCGGGGGAUUCUCUCAGGAGCCACAUCUAACAAGACUUCCCAGAAUAGGACCCGGGCGCUGCAAAGCCACAACUCCCCAGAGUGUAAGGAGGAACCUGAACCCCUGUCCCCUGAACUGGAAUACAUUCCCAGAAAGAGGGGCAAGAACCCCAUGAAAGCUGUGGGACUGGCCUGGGCCAUCGGCUUCCCCUGUGGUAUCCUCCUCUUCAUCCUCACCAAGCGGGAAGUGGACAAGGACCGUUUGAAGCAGAUGAAGGCUCGGCAGAACAUGCGGGCAUCCAACACGGGCGAGUAUGAGAGCCAGAGGUUCAGGUCCUCCUCCCAACAUGCCCCGAAUCGUGGAACUGAGCCUGGGGUGCAGACCUGAGGAACACUGCAGCCCUCCUCUAGAGUGUAUUGACUGGGGCCUCCUGAGCCAGAAGCCCCUUUGGGUUUCACUGCAACUCUGGUCCUUGCCUGAGUUCCACCAGAGGGCGCCUGAAGCCCAGGCUGCUGCCAGCUACUGCCCUGUCCCUCCCCUCCCAAGCCAGCCAAAGACAAAUAAAAUUAUUGAGUGUAAAG